AUGGCUGCCACUUCUUCCAAUACACCUGUCAUCACUGCUGUGUCACCUGCCCUUCAAAGACCAAGUCCGAUACAGCAACAGCAUCGCCGGCAACAACAGCAGAAAGAAAGACACCAGCAGGAACAGCAGCUGCAACCAUUACAAAGACAAUCAUCGCCGUAUACCGGAGCCAAGGACAGUGUACAUCCCAUCUCACCAUCACAAUCUAUUGACCUCAAGACGUCUGUUGCUGUGGCAAUUGCUUCAAGACCCACAAUGCUAAAUCAGAGUCAAGUGCAGGGACAAGAGCUUGGGCAGCAGAAGCAACAGCAGCAAAGUCAUAUUCCGCACAACCUGAAACUAUCAUCUCCGCCGCAUCAAUCCCUUUCUCCCCAACAGAGUGGUCAAGUCUCGCCUUCAUCACCUCUUGCUCAAUUGCCACCACUUGCAUUUGCACCAAAAUCAACUGCAGCCCCCAAUACUACCAUUAAGUCACUAGCUGACCACUCUACAACAGUCCCCAAACCCCGCCCUAUUCCACCAACACUGCCACCUGCAAGAGCACAUGGAAUUCACGCACGCGCAAUACCUCGGCCGCAAUCCAACGCACCAAACCCGCCGAUGUCGUCUACAAUCGUCCCUUCUCCUGUUACUGAAAAUGGAGCAACACUGUCUACCGGGAAGCAGGCGCCUCUUUUGCAGUCAUCAGGGACUCGCGAGCCAAUAUACCCUGCUCCAACACUUCAGGCACCCCAGCAGGCUCAUCAGCCUAGGCAAAGACAAUCAGCAUCAUCUGUCCGAUCCCCUUUGGAUUCAAGUGCUCAUAAUCGUCCUACACCACCACCACCACCACCACCAGCUCGCCAUCUGUCUAACGUAUCGGUGCCUGAUGUGCAAAUAUCGAAAGUUAGUACAAAAGAUAAGAUGCUGAUAAGUGGGGUUGUUGAUGUAUGUUCAAACACUAAAUCUAAUUUAAGCUUGAAUCAAAAGGAGAAUCUGCUGCACAACUCACUGGAUCCAGAUCUCGAAGAUGAUGAGGGCGAAGAUGAAUAUGAGGGGAGGACAGAGUCUAGACCGUCGCUUGCGGAUUCUCUUGUUAGGGGCAACAUAUCAACACAAUCUUUGGGUUCCCUUGGAAGUCAAAGCAAAGAGCAGUCAGGAAAGGGUACAGGAGGUACAGUAUCGCUUAAUUCACCAGUCUCACUACGAUCUGAUGGAAGUCUCUCUGAAGUGUCGACCGAAUCAAAUCGGCACUCUGAACUUAGUGAUUCAGCAGUCCUGCCUGAGCAAUUUUCAUCUGGUGAAUCUGUCAAUGAGCCCAUAGCUGCUUCCCGUGCUGAUACCGACGAUGCAUCACAGUGGGAUGCCAGCAUCUUAUGGUCCUUGACAAGAGCUCUCAAUGCCAAAAAGUCGACUGCCCCACCGCUACAAAGCGACAGCAGCAGUGACAGUGAUAUCAGUGCAGAGACUGCCACGGAGGGUGAAGAUGAUUUCGAGAAUGACACCAGAGCUUCUGUGGAGACGGAUCAUGCCAACUCGCAGAAGCCGUCAUCAUCUAACGCCGACAACGUCUCUGAACAAGCUGCAGGAAAUAAAAGUCCAACGGGAGUGUCGGAUAAUUUGCCAUCUUCUCCAAGCAUUCCGGCAAAAGCAGCACUGUCCGCUUGGGCCAAGGAAAGGGUUAUAGUUGCAGAAGCACAAGUGCAAAUUGGGGAUGAUAUGGAUGACGACAAUCCAUUUACAGACUCCCACGCUUUGCCUGGGACACCCUCUGGUCGCUCCAAUACCUUCCAUGGUCAAUUCUCUGCUGUCAGUAGCUCACCGGGAUCUUCGCCUUCUUCACUUUCGCCACUUUCUUACCUCACUGGAUCAGCAAGCACAGGCUCAAACUGGUCUCUACAAGGAUCCCGAAAAUCACUCAUGAAAAUGAUCUUCAAAUCUAAGAACGAGUCAUCAUCCGUAGGAGGCAUAGAAGUUAGUGGCAGUAGCAGUCCACAACCAAAUGUUGAGCAAUCUCAUCCAAAAGCCGGGGGAUCUUCAAGUUCAGCUAGCCCAUCGAUGGCUAAACAGCCACAAAUCGACUUAUUUUCAGACUUUGAAUCCUCAGUAUUGCCGGAUAUCACAUUGGACGUACAAACAAAAGGGAUGAAGCGUCGUUCUUAUGUCAUUCCCGGAGCUUUCCCCGGUCAGGAGCGCUCUUCAGAGGAUCAUUCAUUGGGAUCUGGGCCAGAAUAUGCACUGGCACAUGUGCCAAUGUAUGCUACGUCUGAGAAUGAGUUACUGGUUAUUCCUAAUCCAGAAGAAGUGCAGUAUGGUAAUAGUAGCGACAAUAGUGAUUAUCAUGAAGAGCGAGAAGUGAACCAGUUUUCUGACAGCGAUUCAAGUUCUGAGCAGGAGGUGAUCAGCACACAACCUGUUAAAGCUUCCUAUGAACGAGCCUCUUUUCUUCAAGGACAUCUUCCUCGAUUCAACACUGACUCUUCACCAUCUUUUCAUCGUCAUCAGUCAUUAUCGUUGUCACAACAACGAGCUAGCUCAAUUGCGUCUGUAGUGAAGGAGCAAGAGGCACCCGUUGACUUUGAGCCUUUGCAUAUCGAAGUUCACUCUACGGCAACAGUUGUAUCAGGGGACUCUGCUCAAGGAUCAGUCCACACUAAAGUCCAGAGCACUAUGAAAAAAAGAUCAAACACAAUCAGUACAAUCGGACAGGAAAAGGCUUCACCUUCUAUUCUGGCCCUGGAUCCGACUCCUAACGCCGUAGGAGGAUCGCUAUCGACCCAAAAGGCGCCUGUCUCAUCUAUAUCAUCACCAAAAGCCCAGCCUUCGCUCUCAAUCGCGCCUGAUACUAAGCAGAAGACGCCCAUCCACAUACCUAGCAUUAGGGAUGACAAGGAGGACACCUUGGACAGCCCUAUUGACUAUUGCAGAUACAAGGAAGAAAUGGCAGAAUGCGGCACAAAGAGCCUACAGUCAAACCAGAGGCAUUUGCAGCGACCUACCAACACACAUCGUGGGUCUAUAUCGGAUACAGAAUCUAUAGAAAGCUUACCGUCAGACCAGACCAACGAAGAUUCGCCUUUGGUAGUUGAAGUCAUCUCUUCAGGAUUGCGCACAUCCACAGCUAGUGAACGUCCAGUAUCCCCAUCCAUCUUAGCCGCCUCAAAACAAAUGCGUACUUCACAUAUACAAAGCGCCUCAACUUUGACAUCUCAGCCACAGAUAAAAAGCAAUCCCCCGCCUCUUCCUCCGCCACGCAACGCUAGACGACCUCGAUCCAAACCUUCUGGCCGACAUACCUCUACAGAGAGCAUGCACACACCAGUUGACCAUCACUCUAUUUCCUCAACAACAGGAGGCUCGCCUUUUGAAAGACUUGAUAAUCAUGAGACUUACCUAGUAACAUCAACUGGAGAAUAUCCAAGAGCAUUGGGUCCAAUGUUUGAGGGCCCAGCAAGGGAGCAAAUCAUGGAAGAAAUGGGCUCUGACCAGGCGCGGACCUUUAAUGAAGAAGAUUAUCUCUACUGCCAGAGUCGACAGGAGCUGCGAUCUGGCAAUGGCCAGAUUAGCCGUGGCCAAUCAUAUGGGCAGCCAUAUGAGAUAGAAAAAAGCACAUUUGAUCCUUCUCCAGAGUAUACGAGAGGUCAACAAGGCCAGUCAGCAAUGCAGAUCCAAUCUCAGCAAAAUUUAUUGCAGGAUGCAUGGUUUUCACAAUGUAACAUCGCUUUAGAUCCGGCCAAUGACUCUGCUUUGGUGGCAACGUUGCGUGAACAAAUUGCCUCCUUGUCGAAUGAACGAGACCAAUUUUACAAUGAAACUUUGCUGUUGCGGCAGAAGCAUGAGAUGUUGACUAGCCUUACAGCACAAGCUUUGGAUAACGCUCAGCAUCUCCAGUUUGAAUUUGCGCAUCCUCCUUCGCAGAUCGAGCACGACCCGUACCCUAUUCUACCUCAACAAGAGGAGUCGCAAUUUCAGCCUCGACGCAAUCAUUUCCACGAUGCCGAUCAAUCACAAUCUCAUCACACUAACAAGUCUCAACAGCGCUCUGCUGAAUACCUGAUUCAAAUGCCACGUAGCUCCGAAGACUCAGUGCUAGGGUCCAGCCAAUAUCAACAAGAUCAGACGACCGACCUGACGCCAAGCCAGGAUUUUGGUAGUACUCACAAUGCUACCAAUACAGCCGACCCUUCGACGUAUGGACACGGAAGUAGCUAUACAAACCCGCUUGAGAGCCAGCAGGCAUGCGAUAGCCAUCAGUCUCAGCUACCGUCGCUCCAGGGCCCUCCGAUGAGCUUUGGGGAAGGAUAUGAUUUAAUUCCUACAGGUGAUAGCGAUAGUCAAGUAUUGGUAACGGCAUUAACAUCAGGUGAUCAUUUGAAUGAUCAUUUUGCUCAUCAACAACAUCAGCAAAUCGAGGAUGAGCAGCAACGAGCAGGAUUAUCACUGAAGCAGCUGAAGCAACAGCAUCAGGGCCAUCAGUAUCGUCGCUCCAUAGAUACUCAUUAUAGCAGCCAAAGUAGCCAGGAUGGAUACCAAUUAUUGGACAUUAUAACUACAAGACCUAUGCCGGGAGGAAAUAUCAAUGUUGGCCAAGAUUUUGUAGCCCCUUCUAGUUCAAGUGCAGAGUAUGCUUAUAGUGAUAGACAAUUGCAUGAGUCUGACCAUGGAACUGAUCAUGGAUAUGGAUCGCUCAACCCAUAUGCCCUCCACUUUACUUCCGCUCGCCCACUGUCGAAUCACGAACAGAUCCAACACCCUGUGCAUCUGCAGCAACCAGAGCUAUCACAUAAUGCAGGAUCACAUCUGCGACGGCACCACUCUAUGCAUCAUCCACAAUCAGUCACACGUCAAGUAGCUAGCCUUGACACUAAUCAACCCCAGCAUCAGCUCUAUCUCCAGCAGCAACUACAUUACCAGCAGCAGAAUGCUCAGGCAACACACCAACCACGGCCUCCAGUGUGGGCGCCCCAGCACUUGACUCACUCAAAUGCAUCUACAAGCAUGCACCGACGCCAACCCUCUAACCAACAGCGGGAUUCGUCUAAUUUGACUAAUUCGUCAGCAAAUACAAGUGCAGGCCUGCUCUUGCUCUCCACUCCAACGUCCUUCAUGAAUGUUACGGACUCUCCUAUGAUAUCGUCGUCAACCUUAUCUGGCGCUUCUGGUGCAUCAUCUGAUCCAUUGUCAGUGCUUUCUAAUGUCGUACAACAAGAGAAAGUUCGGGUGGGUGAGAAGACAUCUGCACAGAAUGGGGCAGCGGGCUGGUCAGAACGCCCGUUUUCGCCCAUUUUGUCCAACACUAUAGAGACCCGUGACUCCGCAACCGCAGUCGGCAAUAACAAUACCGAUAACCAACACAUGAGUAGUUUCACAGCAGCCGUGAUGGCUAUUGAAACCACAAAUGAGGCACAAAAUACAAAUGCAACCAGAUCACGAGUGCUAACAAAGGAGGAGACGGACAAAAUCCGACAACAGUUUGAUAGCUACCUUGCAGACCCCAAGCGCAAGAACAGACAGAUAGAGGUGGAUACGGAGUCUAAAGUAUUGUUACAGGAACAUGAGCAUGAGCAUGAGCAUGAGCAUGGGCUGGUUCGAUAUAAUGAACGUAAUCGAGGAUACGAACCAUCAGCAGAUACGGCCUCUAAUUCUGAAUCGGAUGCUGAUCAUACGGAUAAUUACAACCACAAGGACUAUAGCCGAAAACAAUUUGUGACUACUCGUCUCAUGGAGCUCACACUGACUUCAGGAUCCAGCUCGCUGAGCCGAAGUAAGACUAUCGCCAGCACAGGUGUGAGCACUCGAGGAGCACGAGGGCAUUCACAUCGUGCUUCUGGUCAGUUCAGCCUUCAAAGUAGUGGGAGUAAUGCUUUAUUUACUAAUGGCAAUGGCAAUGGCGAUAUAAAUCAGCAAGCGACCUCGCAGUUGGCAAAAGAUACUCUUGUUCGACAUAACUCGAGUUCAGGAAGCCUGCGUUCUGUACCUAGGCAUAAUGAGCAAAGGCGGUCCGAGUCUUUACGUCCCGAACUUGGAAGCGGCUCCCAUAAGGUAGACAACAACGAUAGUAAUGAAGAGAGAACAGCUCUUCACGUACGGACAACUGGACAUGUAGAAGAUCAUAGGCUAAGGCCAGGUACUACACUCGAUAAAGGAAGUAGUACGACGAAAUUAGUUGCUCUGGCUACCCAAUACCCGCUACCACCGCCACCAGCACUAGCAUCAGCAUUGUCACAUACGCCUGUUCAAAACCAGGGUGGUCAAAACCAGAACCAGCAACAACUGUCUAGUCGCAAGCUAAUAGCGCCGCUACGGCCGUCAGCGAGCUACAAGGUUCCUGUUGAUUCCCCUAUACCACUUCCAUCGUCUUCGACGUCCUCCAUGUCGUCGUUGAAUCUGUUGACAUCAAGCUCAAAGACAGUCUUGGAUGAAGAAGGCGGAGAUUUUGGGCUCCAGGCACAGCCUCGGCGGUACAAUAGUGUGAAGUUGGGCAUGACGGGGGUUACAGGAGUCACUCGACGAGCCAUUGGACGUCCUGUGGAACGAGGCCAUGGUAUCGAACGUGGUCCUGAGGAUUGUGUGUAG